AUUUAUUUCGGUUUUACCGUUUCGGUCGACAUAAACGCCCAUUCGUUCGAGUCGCAAGAAACUUAAUUUAAAAUAAUUUAACAAACAGAACAAUUGUUAUUUUGCUCAUGAAUGUUGCUCAUGAAUCUUUUGAUAUUUUAAAAUAUGAAACUAUUAUUUAUUUUAAUGUCAUUUUCAUUGGUUGGACAUGUUUUGGUCACUGAAUUAGAUGACUAUAUUAACCAGGUUCUCUUAAUAAACGAUGACAUCAGACAAGCAAAAGAAUUCAUGCCGAGUAUAAUUAAAAAUAUUAUUGCGAACCCUGAUGAAUAUGGGAUGGAGCAAAUGGCUAUUAUGCUGGCAGUACCAGAAAUAAUUCAUGUUAGAUUGAGGGAACUAGAUGAAAGAGAGUCAGAUUCUGAUGAAAGUUCCUCAUAUUCCGACGAGAGUAUGGAUGACAAAUUGGAAGAAUCAGGCCCUAGUCAAAAUAAAAUUCCAGAUCUAAAUCUUGAUCCGUCCACUAUUUCCGAAGAAGAGAGUAAAGUACUAGUUUCUGUUGGUAAUACAAUAAUACAUCUUAAAGAAAAGUUAGAGUACCAGAAAACGUUACAGUUAGAAAUACUUGCUGUUACAGAUAGGCCAAAAUACGAGGAAAUUAUGCAAGCAGCAAUAAGCGAUACACCAGAUCCAGUUUCAAUUCAAAGUCUAGAUCUAAAUCUUCCGCCUGAUUAUACCGAAAAAGGACGUAUCGAAGCACCUACAAUAAAAUUAGAAAAUUUAGCAAGUGUUUUAGAAAAGAGAAGAAACCAUCCUACAGCAGUUCCAAGAAAAAGAAUCAUCCGUUCAUUUGGCCUGUCUUCUUUGGGAAGAGCAAGAAGAGAAAUGACUUUAGAAGCUGUACAAUUUUUAAUACGCCAAAACGAUCCACUUUUCAAGGAUUUAGAAAUGAUGUGUCGUUUAGCAGGGUUAUUUAGAUCUAUUAAAUACCCACUUUCAUUUAUAUCCACUGUGUUUCUUGACGAACCUUAUUGCAGUUUAGAAGAUGUGACUGGCGCUACAAUUUUCGUAUAUACAUUCAUUGAUGAUGACUUGUGGGAAGUAGAAAUAGGUAAUCGUACUCCAAUAAGGCCUUUUUUUUUUUAAUUACAAUAAUUUGAAUCAGUUAUUAUAAUAAUAAUUUCUUUUGUAAUGCCAUUAUUGUUUGGUUAAAAUAUUUUUUUCUUACCUCACUUUUAUCCAAAUUGUCAAUAAAUUAAAUGUAUUUAAUAAUAAACAGUUUGUAUCACGAUUUUAUAAUAAAAUAUUUAUUGCUUAUAUAUUGUA